AUGUCAGCUUGCUGGCCCUUUGCAUGGCGGCCCAGUUGGCUGCAGCCGCGGAAGGAUAUCGGCAAUGUGGUACGGGAAAGACUGGCAGGCCAUGCGCUGUAUGAUGGUAAGCGUGGCAGCAAUGUGGACAUCAAGUCCCUUUUCUUUGCCCCGGAUCCGAAUCGCUGCAUGCUGAAGUCCUACACGAACUUGAAGAAGCUUGGAAGCGGUGCCUUUGGUUCCGUUUACAAAGCCCAGUGCCGCUUGACGGGGGAGUGGCGCGCCGUCAAGAAACUUCCGCUGUCGGACGUUGAGGACGACAUGUCUUUCGUCUACGCAGAGCUUGAGGCCAUGAUUCAUUUGCACCAUCCCAACGUGGUCAAGUUCUACGAGCAUUUUGAGGAGGAAAGCGCAAUUUUCCUCGUCACUGAGCUCUGUGAUGGGGGCGAUUUUUCAGAGCUGAACCACGGGAUUGAUGAUCCCCAGGAAGUGAAGCUCUUGAUCCGGGAUGUGGUGAAGGCACUCGCGUAUUGCCACGACCAUGGCGUUGCUCACCGAGAUCUCAAGUUUGAGAAUUGCCUCAUCAAGGAGAGCGCGCGUGACCACCGGGUCGGCAAGGUCAUCGAUUUUGGUCUCUCGGCCAUCCGAUCCAAAGGAGAAGACGAGCACACCUGGCUGAAUGAGCAGUUGGGUACCCGCUUCUUCGUUGCGCCCGAGGUGAUCGACAAAAGCAUCCCCUAUGGCUGCAAGUGUGACUGCUGGUCUUUGGGCGUGAUGCUGUACAUAAUCUUGACUGACGAACACCCAUGUUCUCCUGAUGCCCACAAAUUGGACACAACGACUCUUUUUGCGAAGAUCCUCACAGGACGAAUUCGCUCAAGGCCUCUGCAGGAGGCAGAUGUUGAUUAUGAUGCUGCGGAGCUUCUCCAAAAUCUUCUGGAGAAAAAUCCAGAUGAUCGUAUGGACGCACAAGGCGCUUUGAGGAGUCCGUGGCUUGCGGACGUGCAGGACUCGCGGCCGAAGCUGCUUCACAGUCCGUCAACGUCUGAUCCGGACAUCAAGGGUUCGUUUCAUCUUUCGCCCGUUUCACAAGGAAUGAUUCGACGGUUGGCUACCUUCCGACACUACUCCAAGUUUGAGCGGGCGGUGCUAACGUUGGUGGCUCACCGGUCUGAGGACACGCAUGUAGCUGAGCUUCGUGAUGCCUUCUACACACUGGACGUGUCGCAGUCAGGCUCUUUGAGCAAGAACGAGAUCAAAGAAGGCAUUGCUCGAUGUGGUCAUGCCGUGGAAGAUGCCGAACUAAACGAAAUCUUCUCUGCGCUAGAUGCUGAUGGAACAGGAAAGGUUCACUACACCGAGUGGCUAGCUGCAACAAUGCAGCCUUCAGCUUUGGCCACUGACAAGGCGAUUAAGCAGGUAUACCACUACCUGGACAUUGAUCAGACGGGGCACAUAGCUCCGCACGAGCUGUAUAGGGUGUUGGGUUGCAGUGACUCGGUGCAAAGCGUUCUGCAGCUUGGAGAUACCGAUGGAGACAGCUUGAUCAAUGAAGAUGAGUUUCGCGUUCUCAUGAGGAACUUGGCGAAACGGCUUGACCAAAUGGAUCUUCAUCCCAGACGGCUUGGUUUCCGUUUGCCUGAGGUAAACAGCAUGAACCAGCUUUAA